AUUUCUCCCGCCUUUGUCUACAAAGGCAGAUGCGCCAUUGUCCUUCUCCUGUGCCUCUCUAGGAAGCGGGGCUCGCUGCCCUUUGGGAGGACUGAGGAGGCUCUCUUUUCUUCUCUUCUUUCUUCUGACAGGAAGAAGUUCUGAGAGGUACAGGUGUCCCUGAUCCUUUCAUAGCAACCCUAUUCUCAGACUCUGCCAUGGCACCAAAGGACUAAUCCAGAGCCUCCGAUCUUUGGGGCGAAAGGGAAAGAUCUGCCAGAUCCCCGCCCCUGAAUUCCUGACAUUUAAGGCUGCAAGCAGAUAUCAAGGAGACAAACAGACAAGAGUUCUUUUUCCCACCCUGGACCUUCCACAGAUAUAUAAACCCCACUUGCCCAGUUUCCAAUAGACCUCACAACUUCUGAGGACGCCUGCCAUAGAUGUGGACAAAACAUCAGGACAAAACUUUCAGCAUGCUUUGAGUUGGCUGCGUAUCUCACCAAGAAGGAGUGGCGCGUCCUGUGGGCUCUGUGUGUAGAAGUCACAAUGGAGAAUUAUGACAAUGUGGUCUCUCUGGAAAAUAAUGAGCAGAAGAAUGUGAACAACGGGGAGACACCUGUGACAUCCUGGGAAAUAACAGAGCAUAUCAUGGAAAAACAGGAGUUUAGAAAGCAAAAGGGAAUGAAGACACAAAGCAGAAUCCAAAUGAAAAAUGGGAAGGAAGCCUUUCAGGGUGUGGAUCUUUCUGAACCUCUGGCCUUGGAAUCAAAUCAAAUAAAGUGCUUGUACUGUGGGAGAAUAUGCAGAUCUCAAUCACAAUUAAACCUACACCUGAGGCUCCAUACAGGGCACAAGCCAUACAAAUGCAUGGAAUGUGGAAAGGAUUUCAGUCGCCAAGAACAUCUGAAGUUACAUCAAAGGACCCACACAGGGGAGAAACCGUACAAAUGCGUGGAGUGUGGAAAGAGCUUCAGUCAGCGCGGACAUCUGAAUUUGCAUCAAAGAACACACACAGGGGAGAAACCGUAUAAAUGUAUGGAAUGUGGAAAGAGCUUUCGUGACAGUGGAUCUUACGGUAAACAUCUAAUAAUUCACACAGGGGAGAAACCAUACAAAUGCAUAGAGUGUGGGAAACAAUUCAACCGACCUCAACAUCUACAUUCCCAUCAAAGAACACACACAGGGGAGAAACCAUACACAUGCAUAGAAUGCGGAAGGAGCUUCAGUGAUAGUGGUACAUUUAGUAAACAUCGGAGAAUUCACACCGGGCAGAAACCGUACAGAUGCAUAGACUGUGGAAAGAACUUCAGUGAGAGUGGACAUCUACGCUCACAUCAGAGAACCCACACAGGGGAAAAGCCAUACGAAUGCAUGGAAUGUGGAAAGGCCUUUCGCCAAACUGGACAUUUGCGGUUGCAUGAAAGAAUACACACAGGGGAGAAGCCACAUAAAUGCAUGGAGUGUGGGAAGGAUUUCAGUAGGAUCGGUCAUCUACAUGCACAUCAGAGAGUUCACACGGGGGAGAAGCGACAUAAAUGCAUGGAGUGUGGGAAGGUGUUUGGCGAUAGCGGAACGUGUACUAAACAUCAAAUGAUUCACACCGGAGAGAAACCCUAUAAAUGCAUGGAGUGUGGAAAGAGUUUCAAUCAGAGCGGAAACCUAGAGACGCAUCAAAGAAUUCACAGAGAUGAGAAAUCGUACGAAUGCUUGGAGUGUGGAAAGAGAUUCAACUUGAAAUAUACUCUUAAUUUACAUCUUAGAACCCACACAGAGGAGAAGCCAUAUAAAUGCAUGGAGUGCGGGAAGGGCUUCAGGCAAAGUGGGCAUCUCACUGUGCAUCUUAGGACCCACACGGGGGAGAAACCCUACAAAUGCAUGGAGUGCGGGAAGAGCUUCAGUCAAGGCGGAUACCUGAAAGCACAUCAAAGAACCCACACAGGGGAGAAGCCAUAUGGAUGCCUGGAAUGUGGGAAGAGGUUCUCUUAUCCACAAAAUCUACAUACACAUCAAAAAACACACAAAAGGAAGAGCCCGAAUGGAAUGUGGAAAAGACUACUCUCAGAUUGGACCUCUCCGUUCUUAACCUACAGAAUGGAAAACACGCAUGAAUGACAGGAAGGUGGAAAGAGGCUGUUUUCUCUACAAAGUCUGCAAUCACAUCAAAAUCUUACACAGGGAAGAAACCAUAUAAAUGUAUGGAACAUGGAAAAAAUGAGUUGCAGUGGAGCAUUUAAAAAGGUAAAGGUUUUCCCCUGACGUUAAGUCCAGUCGUGACCGACUCUGGGGGUUGGUGCUCAUCUCCAUUUCUAAGUCGAAGAGCCGGCGUUGUCCAUAGACACCUCCAAGGUCAUGUGGCCGGCAUGACUGCAUGGAGCGCUGUUACCUUCCCGCCGGAGCGGUACCUAUUGAUCUACUCACAUUUGCAUGUUUUCAAACUGCUAGGUUGGCAGAAGCUGGGGCUAACAGCGGGCGCUCAUUCCGCUCCCAGGAUUUGAACCUGGGACUUUUUGGUCCGCAAGUUCAGCAGCUCAGCGCUUUAAUACACUGCGCCACCGGGGGCUCCCAGUGGAGCAUAUAGUAUACCUCAGAAAAGUCCAUAUUAAUGAAUAAAAGAUACAGUCAUCCUACAACUUUCACGGUCAUGGCAUUUUCUGCCCACGACUUAACUGCCUGCACCCUUGCCCUGCUUUCCCUCUUGCUGCUGGUUCACCUUGUUUGCUUCACUCAGGCCAUGUGGCACUUUGGCAGCCUUCUUCUCUCCUACCAUCUUACUCGCUGGCUGACUCUGUCUGCUUCGCUCACCUCGCAUCUGCUCCAUUGGGUUGCUGUAUGUUUUCCGGGCUGUAUGGCCAUGUUCCAGAAAUAUUCUCUCCUGACAUUUCACCCACAUCUAUGGCAGGCAUCCUCUGAGGUAGUGAAACGUCAGGAGAGAAUACAGCCCGGAAAACAUACAACAACCCUGAGGUCCCGGCCAUGAAAGCCUUCAACAACAUAUCUGCUCCAUUGCUUGUCACUUGCUGGCUUCAUCCUUUUGGUCUAUGAUAGGAAAAUGAUGGAAAAGCAAAAAAGGCAACAGAGUUAAUGCUGGAAGGCACUCUUUCAGGACACCUAGAUCUUUCAGGAAACCUUCCCUCUUUGCUUGGGGUUGUGGGAAUCUCCUCCUAGGGAGCCUUCCUGUUGCUCCUUGGCUUCCUAUCCAAAUUUUUCCAGACUCUCUCCUCUGCAAUCCCUUCCGCUUCUCCAUGAAGCCUGCCUGAGAUGAAUCCUUUUAGUCAUUCCAAACUACAGAAUACUCACAAACUCGAGACUUAAAGCAGGAAUGGGCAAACUUUUUUGCUUUUUUUUUUUCUCGUAUCAGGAGCAACCGGAGUUGCUUCUGGAGUGAGAGAAUUGGCCGUCUGCAAGGACGUUGCCCAGGGGACGCCCGGAUGUUUUGAUGUUUUACCAUCCUAGUGGGAGGCUUCUCUCAUGUCCCCGCAUGGAGAUGGAGCUGAUAGAGGGAGCUCAUCCGCGCUCUCCCCGGGUGAGAUUCGAACCUGGCAGAGCUUCAGGUCAGCAACCCAACCUUCAAGUCAUGAGGCUUUUAUCCCCUAGGCCACCGGUGGCUCCGUAUAAGGAUGGGGCUGCUUGCCACAUCCUUAUGCUGGGAGGAAAGCAGGACGCAUGGCGACUGCCCCGAUCCUCAGGCUGUCUUCUUGGCAUUAUGCCGGGAGGAAGGUGAGACAGGUGACAGAUGAGAGCUCUCAGCUACCACAUGCCUUCCUCGAGCCAUCCUCCCAGCAUAAGGAUGGGACCGCUCGUACUGUAUUUAUGCCGGGAGGAGGAUGAGACGUGCAGUGGCUGAGAGUGCUCCAGAGGGCUCUCAGUUGCAGCAUGCCUUCCUCCGACAUCCUUUUGGCUGUGUCUUUAUGCCAAGUAAGGUAAAGGUAAAGGUUUCCCCUGACGUUAAGUCCAGUCGUGACCGACUCUGAGAGUUGGUGCUCAUCUCCAUUUCUAAGCCGAAGAGCCGGCGUUGUCCAUAGACAUCUCCAAGGUCAUGUGGCCGGCAUGACUGCAUGGAGCGCCUCUAUGCCAAGAGAACAGGGAAAAUGAGGAGGGCCUUAGUUUACACAUGACUGACUUAAAAGGGUCAGUCAUCACAGAAAUAAUUACCACUGACUCCAUAGUCUACCUUAGAGGAUUAGAUCAGAUCUAAGGUCUACUUGGAUUUAAAGAAGAAGAAAAAAACAAUUUCCUUUUAAAUUUGAAAUGUUAAUACUAUCAACAGGUAGAUUGUAUAUUAAUAAUAUCUUCCAGUGUUUUGCUGUUUUAUGUGCUCUUUUCAGCCAUCAAGCAGAGGCUUUUUUUGAUACAGAGAGCCCUUUGGUUGUUCAUUGCUUGUGACGGAAGGUCCUUGUUACAGGUCGUGGCAUGCUUUCAUCUUCUCAUUUGCACGCACAUCUGUCAUGUAACUCAUCGCGGUGUCCACGCAAGAGGAAAAAAAUACAAAUGCCAUCAGUGUUUCAGCUCUCAUAAAAUAUUAAUGUUUCAGCCUUUUUGAAGUAUCGGCAUUCACACUGAGAAGUAAAAGUGUGAAAUGCCUUUUGUUUGAAGUGGCAGAUUAUCUAGAUGCUGCCUUGCAAAAUGAUUGUAAGUAGCCCUGUGUUUGGAUUAGAUGGUUCCUAAUUUUUAGUAUAUCGCAUUGUUUUAGGAGAGGCAAAGCAGGAUAUAAAUAAAUAUACUAAUAAUUCCAUGUUUACUCAAGUCUAAUGCAUAGCUGUUUCUGGUGAAAUUAAAAUUGAGAUGUGCAUUAGAUUCGAUGGCGCAUUAGAAUUGCACACCUAACCCCGUCUGUGCUGUUGGGCAAGAGAUCCCAAUGGGUGGCAUUUUUUUUGUAAUGCACACCUUCAAAAUUGAGGUGUGCAUUACAUUCAAUGGUUCAUUAAACUCAAGUAAAUACAGGUAAUUAUAAUGCAGAUGAACCCGAUUUGAACUCGCUGUAGCCUGCAAGAACUGUUAUGGUAAAUAUAACUGGGGGACGGGGGAAUAUUUUGUCAAAGCAUAAUACAAAUAGAGGUAAGAGGGAGGAUUUAUUCAACUUGUCAGGAUUUCAGGAUUUACUGUUUCUGCUGCCACCAUUUAUGUAGUCAGGAGCCUCUUCUUUUAUAUUGGGACUUUGAGAGAGAGACAGACGACACUUUGAAUGAGGAGAAACAAAAACUGUUUAUUUGUUUAUUUAUUUGUUUGUUUGUAACAUGUAAGGUAAAUGAGCAUAAUGGUUUCAGUAAUAAUAUACAGUAUGGAUGCUUAGUGGUUACAAUGGCUUUUGGUUUUUCUUUACUUUCAAAACUGGUUUCUAUGUGACUCUAUUCCUUUGCCAAGAAAACAAUAUCAGGACGAGUUUAUUUUUAAAUCCAAUUCUCUCAGGAUUUAAACAGUAACUUCCUAGACGUUACAAUAUAGCUCUUAGUCUUUCUCUUCUUAAAGACUUUAACUAUAUUCUCCACAAAGAGGUUAUCUUCAAAAACACAUUUCUCAACCCUAAAACCAAUUCCUCAAACUGGCUUCGAUAACCUAGGCUACCUAAACUGAACUCCAAAGCCUGACUAACUGACUGCACUUUAAAACCUCACUGGCUAACUGUCCCAGCUAACUGUAAAAGAAUGAUCAGCCAGCCCUCUAACUGACACUUUGGCUCCACCCAUCUCCAGCAAGUCCUGAUUUGUAUUCAGCCAAUCAGGCAGCACCUAUGCCUAAUGGUUGCUCAAUGGCUCCUCCCCCAGGCUCUGCUGCGCUUUUGCACUUGAGACCUACAAAAUGGUCACUUAUCAACCUGGCUGCACACCAAUCCUUCGAGAUGAGCCACAUACCAACUCGAUGAGUUAGGUCAGAUCUGUUACAGUAAACAACUGAUAUGAUGAAAAUUCAUUAACAGCUCAUCCUGUUCAGCCUUGGAAACAAGGAUGUAGUUGAUGAACACCAGACUACAACUAUGUGGACAAAUGUACAACAUGGAUAUAUAAAACUCUGUUUACUAGAACAGCACUGCAUCUGUCCAUCCAUCGCCCUUUCUACAACCUAAUCACAUUUAGAAAACAGAUCACGAAUGUAUCAGAUGAAUUUGUGUGGUUGAAGCUUAUUGAAAUGUCUAUGUAUGAGUAUUAGUUUUUGAAUAAUAGUGAUUAAAACCCAGAUCUGGUCUUAACCCUUUUUGCUUAGCCAUGCAAGAUGGUGGCAGUCCUUAAAUAUAUCUCUGGAUCUAAAAGAACUUGGUAACCUUUUGUGGUGACAUCACUUGAAAGGAUGAGGCAUUGUGUUUCAAAUGAUUACCACGAGAUGCCUCUUCCAGUGCACAAACAGCCCCUGGGCUCAAUCAUUCAGAAGACGGUGACCCUGCAAUGUAAGGAGAUAUGAGAUAUUCUCCAUUCUGGCUCAGAAUAAUUAGUAAAACGUAACUUAUUAAACUGUUAGUCACUUUUUGUGUAAAUGUAAUAUGUUGUCAUUGUGAAAUAUACUGGUUUGAAAUUGGGUCCAUAAUUUUGAAACACCCUCUAACUUGUUGAUGUUUUUGCCGUUUUAAUGUGUCCUGUAUUUAAAUGUUCAUUCAAUAAACAUUUGAAUUGUUUCA